GGAACGGGCUGCGCUCGUACUUUGUCCCGCCCCUCCCGUGGCGACCGCGUCGCGUCAGCUGCGGGGCUGACGUGGCUCCCGGAAGUGGGGCUGGCGCAGGGCCGUCAUGUUGCAGCAGGACAGUAAUGACGACACCGAGGAUGUUUCCCUGUUUGAUGCGGAAGAGGAGACGAGUAACAGACCAAAAAAAUCCAAGAUCAGACAUCCAGUGGCAUCAUUUUUCCAUUUAUUCUUUCGAGUCAGUGCAAUUGUAGUCUAUCUUCUCUGUGAAUUGUUCAGCAGCAGCUUUAUUGCCUGUAUGGUGACAAUUAUCUUGUUGUUGUCAUGUGACUUUUGGGCAGUCAAGAAUGUCACCGGUAGACUCAUGGUUGGUCUGCGUUGGUGGAAUCAUAUAGAUGAAGAUGGAAAAAGCCAUUGGGUGUUUGAGUCCAGGAAGGCAUCUGCUCAAGAGAGUAAAACAGUUUCUGAGGCCGAAUCAAGAAUCUUUUGGUUAGGACUUAUUGCCUGUCCUGUGCUGUGGGUGAUAUUUGCCUUUAGCGCGCUUUUCUCCUUCCGAGUGAAGUGGUUGGCGGUGGUUAUCAUGGGUGUGGUGCUACAAGGUGCCAACCUGUAUGGCUAUAUCAGGUGCAAGGUGGGCAGCAGGAAGAAUUUAACCAACAUGGCUACAUCUUAUCUUGGAAAGCAGUUUUUAAGACAAAAUGCUGGAGAAGACCAGACUUCCUGAGGAGAGUGCGAGCAAGCUCCUGUGUUCUGUUACACUGGGAGCAACUGAAGAGAUUCUUGACUCUGAACCUUUUGGAACUCAGUACAUGUUGCAAAGAGGAGCAUUGGGUUUGUUUUUUCCAGUUUAAAAUUUACUUUAAAAAAUGGAAAGGUGGUUUUCACAUCAACUGUUCGUUUUCUUUCUAGCAUUUCGGGUUUGAAAAUAUGGUGUUGCCAGGAACAUUGUCAAAACUGGUUUACGACUUACAUAUGUAUGCACAUAGUCCUCGUAAUCUGUAUAUCCCGGAUUACUGAAAGUGUGUUCAUGGACAUUUGUAAGGGAGACCUUUGUAAUCGGAUCCAGUAGGAUGUAGGAGGAUGUUCUCGGUCUGUCUCAGAACUCUAGAUGUGUACAUAUUAUUUCUGUAGAUUGUUGCCAGAAGAACAUUUUGCUUCCAUGGUAAGAGUGAGCACUUUGGCUUAUGUGUAAGUUAGAGGUAAUGGUUAAUUUUACAACAUAAUAUAUACUUUGUGAUGAAACUUCUCAUCUUAGGCGCUCACAGGCAGGUACAAACCAAAUUUGGGCCAGUGGUUAACUAGUUUGUAAAUUUUAUUUUUAUUUGUAAUAACUCAUGUACUUAAGGCCCAAUUAAUAUAAAUGGAAUUUUCAUGGUUUAUGUUUAGGGGAUACCUUAGAGAUUGCUGCUGUUCUAUUUAUUUUUUGGAAGGGAGAGCCAGAUUUUACUUUGGAACUUCCUGGAAGCUCUUCAGUGGUCUUUGGCCUAAUGAAUUCUAUCUUUUAUCACUAAAAGAGUAUUAUUCUUAUGUCAUAGUGAGAAUAAUCAUCUAAAUACUUGGCAUAAUAAAUGCCUAAGAAACAUUUUAUGGAUCUAUUUUUUCUUGCUUAUAAUGGGGAUAUUGUAAAUCAUGCAUUUGUAUUAAUGGUAUUUCUUAAAGCAAUAUAUGUAACAAUCUACAAGUGGUUGUAGGAGUCUACAAAUUCUGUUCUUGGUUCUGUAAACUUUGUUGGAGUCUUUUAACCAACAGAUUAUUUUGUGGAAUGUAUUUAUACAUUGUUAAAAAAUCUAAAAAGAUGUUUAAUUGAAUAAGUGUCUUUAUUGGAGUGAUAGCUUUGAAGGUUCAUAACUUUAUAUUUGUAUAAAACUGCUGUUUACAAAACACUUUAACACGUGUAAUCUUUCAUCCUCACGACAAACCACUUACAUGUGAUACCUUUUUACAGCUGAUGAGAUGGGACUUUAGGUUGAUCGAGUGCCUUGUCUAAGGAAACACAGAUUACCCACCAGGAUAUGUUUUUGUUUUUAGAGGAAUUAUUUGUCACUAAAUGUCUUUUGCUUUCUCAAGACUCAUUAAUUUAAGUGCUUAUUUGCCAUUUUGCUUAUACCUAUCUGGUGUGGAAAGUUGAUAAUCUUGUAAAGACAUGUGUUUGAUCAGAAAGCUCUGAACUAAAUCCUUAGAGCUGAGAGUCUGACAGGGGCCACACUGGUAUGGUUCCUGAGGUAGCUGUGUCGUUAUUUGAAACUGUAAUCUUAAGCCAAAUAUGAAUUGAAUUUUGGAAUAUGUGGCAGACUUAUUUCCCAGAGUCCAUUUUUCCAUCCUCCAGGGAGGACAUUUAUCAGCAGGGACAUGGCAAUAGAGAGCUUUCUUCAGAUUGCCUUGCUGUAGCUUAAUGUGGCCACAUGAGCAUGUUCUGGCCAAUGGAUGUACCUGCAGAAAGUAUUCUGAAAAAGAGGGGUCUAGGGGCACCUGGCUGGUUCAGUCAGUGAAGUGUCCACUCUUGACUCUUGAUUUCACCUCAGGUCAUGACCUCAGAGUCAUGAGAUCGAGCCCUGCCUCUGGCUCUGCACUCAGCGAGAGUUCGUUUGAGUUUCUUUCCCUCUGCUCCUCCACGUCAGAUAGCUAGCUAGAUUAAAAAAAAAAAAAAAAAAUCUUGAAAAAAUACCAGACAAUGGUAUUGUCUGCUAGGUGAGAUGUAGACAUAAUAGAUGGAGCUUGAGCAGUCAUCUUGGACUGUGGGGUGGAAGCCUCUUUUUAUGAAUAACAGAAAUAAGGUAGGGAUUGUCUGAGCCCUCCCUGACCGGAAUAGCAGCCCUGAGCUGCAGCGUCGGAAGUUUUAGGUGAGGAACAAACUUCUUGCUUGUUGAAGUGUUAACUGUUUUAGCUUUUCUGUUGCUAUAGCCUAAUGGAAUUCUUAUUAAUACAGUAUAUUUUUAGCAUCCCCUAGGAUUGUUUCUCUAAGUAUAGCAUUUGAGAUGUAAUGAUUCAGUAAACAUGUAUUUUGUUCUUUC